UCACAAGAGGCAUCCCUGAAGCUCCUCUGCUGGCCUGAACAUGAACAUAGGCAAAGCUGAUGAUUGGGAGCCUUCCCAAGGGACGUGGGUCCCCACGGGGUCCAGUCUCCUGAAGCAGAACCUCUCAUGAUGCUGGUGUCUGGGAGUGAGCACCAUGCCCAUCACCCAGGACAAUGCCUUGCUGCACCUGCCCCUCCUCUACGAGUGGCUGCAGAACAGCCUGAGGGAGGGUGGGGACAGUCCGGAGCAGCGGCUCUGCCAGGCGGCCAUCCAGAAGCUGCAGGAGUACAUCCAACUGAACUUGGCUGUGGAUGAGGGUACAGUUCCCCCUGAUCACAGUCCCCCAGAGAUGGAGAUCUGUACGGUGUAUCUCACCAAGCAGCUGGGGGACACUGAGACUGUGGGGCUCAGUUUUGGCAACAUCCCUGUUUUCGGGGACUACGGCGAAAAGCGUCGAGGGGGUAAGAAGAGGAAAACCCACCAGGGGCCAGUGCUGGACGUGGGCUGCAUCUGGGUGACAGAGCUGAGGAAGAACAGCCCAGCGGGGAAGAGCGGAAAAGUUCGGCUCCGGGAUGAGAUCCUUUCCCUGAAUGGACAGCUGAUGGUCGGAGUUGAUGUCACUGGGGCCAGUUACCUCGCUGAGCAGUGCUGGAAUGGCGGCUUCAUCUACCUGAUCAUGCUGCGGCGCUUCAAGCAGAAAGCCCACGUGACUUACAAUGGCAACAGCGGCAACAGCUCAGAACCCGGAGAGACACCGACCUUGGAGCUGGGCGACCAGACUUCAAAAAAGGGAAAAAGAACAAGAAAGUUUGGGGUCAUUUCCAGACCCUCUAUCAGCAAGACCCCUGAAGACUCCAAGAGCAGCAGUGGCUGUGACACAGUCGAUGAUCCCAAUUCGGAGUUGGAGAACGGCGCAGACCCCGAACUUGGAAAUGGCCAUGCCUUUGAGCUAGAAAAUGGCCCGCAUUCUCUCAAGGAUGUGGCUGGACCCCAUCUGGAGAGGUCAGAAGCGGACAGUGAGGUAGAGCUCAGAGUUCCAAAGACAGAAGCCCCUCUGAGUGACAGCAAUGACAAACGCCGCUUCUCAAAAACUGGGAAGACCGACUUCCAGUCCAGUGACUGUCUGGCGCGGGAGGAAGUUGGCCGGAUAUGGAAGAUGGAGCUGCUCAAAGAAUCAGAUGGGCUGGGAAUUCAGGUUAGUGGAGGCCGAGGAUCAAAGCGCUCACCUCACGCUAUCGUUGUCACCCAAGUGAAGGAAGGAGGUGCCGCUCACAGGGAUGGCAGGCUGUCCUUAGGAGACGAACUGCUGGUGAUCAAUGGUCACUUACUGGUCGGGCUGUCCCACGAGGAAGCUGUGGCCAUUCUGCGCUCAGCCACUGGGAUGGUACAGCUGGUAGUGGCCAGCAAGGAGAGCUCAGCGGAGGACCUUCUGAAGUUAACGUCGAAGAGCUUACCUGACCUGACUAGUUCAGUGGAGGACAUGUCCUCCUGGACGGACAAUGAAGACCAGGAGGCAGCCGGGGAAGAUGAAGAGGGGUCGGGCUCAGCUGCUGUCCGGGUCACGAUGCCCGGGUCAGAAGAAUCCCAGGACGUAGGCAGCUCUGAGGAAUCCAAAGGGAACUUGGAAAGUCCCAAACAGGGCAACAGUAAGACGAAACUCAAGAGCCGACUCUCAGGAGGUGUCCACCGCCUGGAGUCUGUUGAAGAAUAUAAUGAACUGAUGGUACGAAAUGGGGACCCCCGGAUCAGGAUGCUGGAGGUUUCCCGAGAUGGCCGGAAGCACUCUCUUCCGCAGCUGCUGGACUCUACUGGGACAUCACAGGAAUACCACAUCGUGAAGAAGUCUACCCGCUCCCUGAGCACCACCCACGUGGAAUCACCGUGGAGGCUCAUCCGACCCUCUGUCAUUUCCAUCAUCGGGCUAUACAAAGAGAAAGGCAAGGGCCUUGGCUUUAGCAUUGCUGGAGGGCGAGACUGCAUUCGAGGCCAGAUGGGAAUUUUUGUCAAGACCAUUUUCCCAAACGGAUCAGCCGCAGAGGACGGCAGGCUCAAAGAAGGAGAUGAAAUCCUGGAUGUAAAUGGAAUACCAAUCAAGGGCUUGACGUUUCAAGAGGCUAUUCACACCUUCAAGCAAAUCCGAAGUGGGCUGUUUGUCCUCACCGUGCGCACCAAGCUCCUGAGCCCCAGCCUCACGCCCUGCUCCACUCCCACGCACAUGAGCAGAUCGAGCUCCCCAAGCUUCAACACCAACAGUGGGGGAACCCCAGCAGGAGGAGGCCAAGAGGAAGGUGGUUCUUCAUCCCUGGGUCGGAAGGCUCCCGGGCCCAAAGACAGGAUUGUCAUGGAAGUCACACUCAACAAAGAGCCAAGAGUUGGAUUGGGCAUUGGUGCCUGCUGCUUGGCCUUGGAAAACAGCCCUCCAGGUAUAUACAUUCACAGCCUUGCCCCUGGAUCCGUGGCCAAGAUGGAGAGCAACCUGAGCCGGGGAGACCAAAUCCUGGAAGUGAAUUCUGUGAACGUGCGUCAUGCGGCUUUAAGCAAAGUGCAUGCCAUCUUAAGUAAAUGUCCCCCGGGGCCUGUUCGCCUGGUCAUCGGCCGACACCCUAAUCCAAAGGUCUCGGAGCAGGAAAUGGACGAAGUGAUAGCACGCAGCACUUACCAGGAAAGCAGAGAAGCCAACUCCUCCCCUGGCCUCGGUACCCCCUUGAAGAGCCCCUCUCUGGCCAAAAAGGACUCACUCCUCUCUGAAUCUGAGCUCUCCCAAUACUUUGUCCAUGAUGGCCAGGGCUCCCUGUCAGACUUCGUGGUGGCUGGCUCUGAGGACGAGGAUCACCCCGGAAGUGGAUAUGAGACCUCGGAGGAUGGCAGCCUGCUUCCUGUCCCCUCAGCUCACAAAGCCAGGGCCAACAGCCUUGUGACCCUUGGAAGCCAGAGGACUUCUGGGCUCUUACACAAGCAGGUGACAGUUGCCAGGCAAGCCAGUCUCCCCGGAAGCCCCCAGGUCCUCAGGAACCCUCUUCUCCGCCAGAGGAGGGUGCGUUGCUAUGACAGCAAUGGUGGCAGCGACGAUGAAGACUUCGAUGGUGAAGGGGACUGCAUCUCCCUCCCGGGAGUGCUCCCAGGUCCCGGCAGGCCUCUGGUAGAAGAUGACACUAGGCCUGCCUUGACAACCUCUUCCAAAAGUAUUGAUGUGAACAAGCAGGAGGAAAGACUCCAGAAACCACUGGUCAGCAAGGCCUGCUCCGUGCCUCUCCUCGGCAACUCGAUGGACUCAGAGCACAGCAUCCUCGAUGGAACAGGGGGUACCCCUCCCAAGGUAGCCAGCCUGCCAGGUUCUGGAGAAACCCCCAAGAAUGGGCCCAGAGGCUCUGGGAGAAAGGAAAUGUCAGGGUCAAGAAGCUCACCAAAGCUGGAAUACAGAGUCCCUACAGACACCCAGAGCCCAAGGAGCCCGGAAAACCAUACCUCCCCACCACAGAAGAGUGAAAAUCUGGUGUCCAGGCACAAGCCCGUGGCCAGGAUCAGCCCACACUACAAGAGGUCUGAUGCAGAGGAGGCCCCAGGUGGAACAGCCAAUGGACCGUGUGCUCAAGACUUGAAAGUCCAGGCGUCUCCCGUGAAAGAUCCUGUCACUGGCCGUCAGCCAGGUGGAACCACAGAGAAGGAACUUCGGGGAAAUCCCACCCCGGGGGACAGCUCUGUCCCCACCAACUGUGGACCAGCCAGUACCCCAUGCUACCCAAACACUGGACUCCCCACAGAGAACCCGCAGGGAGCUGCACCAGAGUGCGGGCCACACCCUGGGACUGGAUGGGACGGGUCCUCAGAGCAUCUCCGUUCCCCAGGGAAGAGCUGGGAGGUUCAUCCUGACCCCAGCGAGACUCCUACAGUCACCGAGCAAGUCCGCCAGCCUGAGCGCCUCAGCCAGCCAGUGUCUCCCAGAACCGCAGAGCCUGAGUCCCAGGGCAUAUCUAAAAUGAAGCCACCCAGCCAGAGAAGUGUGUCUCCCAGGGAGAAGGCCUCCACUCCUCCCAACUCCAGCAGGGCUUGGGCCGCUCCUGGGGACAGCUCUCCCAGCGCUAGGAGAGUAGCUGUCCCCAUGAGCACAGGAGCAGCAUCAGCUACUGCCAUCCCACAGGCCUCCCUUGUGUCCCAGGAAAGGAGCGGAGGCCCCUCAGGUCCCAGCAAGGGCCUGGGAACUAAAGAACUCUGCAUACCUAACAGCUUGACGGACGGUGCUCUGCUCGAAGACACGGCUCCUGCAUCUGGAAAGAUGUCACACGCCAGCAGCCCCUCUGGGCCAGUGGCUACUGACAGGACCCUGUCAGGAAGCCCAGAGAACCCCGUGACAGACAUCGACAACUUCAUCGAGGAGGCGUCUGAGGCCAGGCUUCCUCAGGCUCCCCAGAGAGCAGACUGCAGGGCUCACGGGGACACUUCUGAAAGUCAGCCACCAGGUGGCGCUGGGAGCAGCAGUUCCCACCGUGCUCAGAUGGUCAGGAGUGACCAGACAUCCUCCCCAAGGAAGACUGGAGGCCCAGGCUCGCCCCCACCCCAGCAGUGGGCCCUCCAGCCUUCCGUCCUGGAUUCCAUCCAUCCUGACAAACAUUUGGCUGUGAACAAAAACUUCUUGAACAACUACUCUAGAAAUUUUAGCAAUUUCCACGAAGACAGUAUUUCCCUUUCAGGCCCGGGCGGCAGUUCAGAGCCGUCGCCCUCAUCCAUGUAUGGUAAUGCUGAAGACUCAUCGUCAGACCCUGAGUCUCUUGCUGAAGACCCAGGAGCAGCUGCCAGGAACAACUGGUCACCUCCUCCGUCUCCUGAGUCCUCCCCUAAGGAAGGUAGCAGCGAGUCUGAGGACGAGCGAAUAGAAAUCUGUGCCACAGGUGGCUGCCCUGAGGCCCCAGUGACUGCCCCUCCUCCUACCCAGGUUGCACUCUGCCCAGUUCUGCCAGUGCAGCAGAGGGCGGUGUGCGAGCCAGUAGGGGACAUCUGUGAGAGAGCCUGCUUCGUGCCAGGAGCCGCACGCACUUCCAUCCCGGACUCUUCUCAGCCAUUUUCCUUCCUGGAUGUAAGCUCUGAGGAGCCGGAGACAUGGGCCAGCAUCAAUGCUUCACAGAACCACAUGCCCGUGUGCACAGCAGGAAUCAUGGACGUCACUGGCACAAGCUCAAACAUGGGAGACAGCCAGUCUUCCCAAAUGACCAGACCUUGUCGAAACGCACCAUUCGUGCUUGGGAACCCAGAUAUGGUAAAUGGUUUGGGACGUGACCUGCUGGAUGAGGGAACCCCAAAGGAAGGAGCAGCUGCUGCGAGUGUGAUGCGCAGUGUGUUUGCCCUGGGGGCCGAGGGCCCUAAGAACGGAGAGGCGGUCUUGGCAGAUCUACACAUUGCCGAGCGCGGCAACCUGGAUGACUUGCUACAGAAACCAAAAACAAUCUCCAGGAGGCCUAUCCUGUCCUGGUUUAAAGAAAUAAAUAAGGACAGCCAAGGCCCACAUUUGCGGAGCACAUCUGAGAAGGAACAGUCCUCGAUGCUGGCUCUGGGUCCUGGCUGGAAAGCUAACAUGGUGAACACCAGCCACAGAAAGGGGGUGACUGUGCCUAAGAGUCCUCCUUCAUGGCAGAAGAGUCAGGAAAAUAAAGACCUGCCCCCCAAAAGUCCAGUGGAAACACUAGGUAACUGUCAGAAAGCCAAGUGCAGCCCUAAACUGAAGAGACUGAACAGCAAAGGCAAAGCCAGUCCUGAGGUACCCGUGGCCAUUUCCACUAAGGGCAGCAGGAACGACCACAGGAAGACCUUGCCUUCACCCCAGGCCUCCCAUAAAAUGUUUUCUAAGGCAGUGUCACACAGGCUCCACAUAGCUGACCAGGAAGAACCUAAGAACACUGCUGGGGACACCUCCAAGCCACCCCCGGCUGCCUCAGGGUCGCUGAGGACCUCCGCAUCCGACACAAGCAUUAGAACCUUUACCUCGCCCCUGACCUCCCCCAAGCUUCUCCCUGAGCAGGGUGCAAACAGUAGGUUCCACAUGGCUGUCUACUUGGAAUCUGACACGAGCUGUCCAACCACCUCCAGGUCCCCUAGGAGUGGACCGGAGGGCAAGGCGCCCCAUGCUAACUCUGGGUCAGCGAGUCCCUCAGCAUCGAGGGCCAGCCUAGCCUUGGCAGGGAUCAGGCAGAGCAAGCAGUUCACACCAGGCCGAGCAGACUUGUUAGUAUCAGAAGCAACCCAGCCCCAGGGCAUCCGUGAGAAAGGAGCUGAAAAAAAGGUUAGUGAUCCUCCACAAAGGACAAACCAGCUAAAAAUAGUUGAGAUUUCUUCUGAAAGAAUGCCAAAGAAUGCAUGUGGUGACAGGCCACCUGAAAGUGACAGAAAGGGAGGGUUCUUGACCCAGAACAACUGUCAGGAGAAGAGUGCAAUCAGACUCCGGCAGUCAGAGGAAUCGUCCCCAAAGCAUACACCCUUCCCUCCCUCUCAGGCCUCCCAAGUGGAACGGGAAAUGCGCUGGUCUUUCAGCAUGGCCAAACCGGCCACCUCUUCCUCCUCCUCCCUGCAGCUGCCUGCCAAAAUGCCAGACUCCUCCCAGGGCAAAUCAAGCCAAAUGCCAGCCUCCGUUGGGGUGCCCAAGAAUGGUGUACCCAUAGGCCUGGCCGGAGAAGAGAGCCCCUACUUCACACCGAGGCCAGCCACCAGGACCUAUUCCAUGCCAGCCCAGUUCUCGAGCCACUUUGGACGAGAAGGUCCUUCCCCACACAGCCCAAGUCACUCGCCUCAGGACCCGCAGGUCCCUGCGAUGGGUGGUAACCUCUCUGAGAAGACAGCCAAGGGCGUGACUAAUGGACAGGGCGUAUACAGUGUGAAGCCUCUGCUGGAAACAGCGAAGAACCUGUCACCAGUGGAUGGACGGGAUGUCAGUGCAGCCCCGGAGACGAGCUGCCUCAUCCCAGACAAGGUCAAAGUCACCAGGAGACAGUACUGCUGUGAGCAGAGUUGGCCCCAUGAAUCUACCUCGUUUUUCUCUGUGAAGCAGAGAAUCAAGUCUUUUGAGAACUUGGCCAAUUCUGACCGGCCCACGGCCAAGUGUGCCACAUCCCCGUUCUUAUCCGUAAGCUCCAAGCCUCCCAUUAACAGACGGUCGUCUGGCAGCAUCCCUUCAGGGAGCCCCAGCGAUAUGACCUCGAGGUCGCUGAGGCGCAGCUUGAGUUCCUGCAGUGAAAGCCAGAGUGAGGCCAGCAGCCUUCUCCCACAGAUGACGAAGUCCCCCUCCAGCAUGACGCUGACUGUCUCCAGGCAGAAUCCACCAGACACUAGUAACAAGGGCCCCAGUCCAGACCCAAAGAAAUCACUUGUCCCUGUGGGAAUUCCCACCUCCACAGUGAGCCCAGCCUCACCCAGCAAGAGGAACAAGUCCUCUGUGCGCCAUGCCCAGCCCUCUCCAGUGUCCCGAUCCAAGCUCCAGGAGCUGAGAACCUUAAGCAUGCCAGACCUGGACAAGCUGUGUAGUGGUGAGGAUGACUCUGCCAGCCCAGGGGCUGUGCUCUUUAAAACCCAGCUGGAGAUCACCCCCAGAAGGUCGAAAGGCUCCCAGGCUACUUCUCCAGCUGGCUCCCCGGCUAGAGGCCAUGCAGAUUUCAAUGGUUCAACCUUCCUUUCAUGUCCUGUGAAUGGUGGGACCAGAGCCUACACAAAAGAAAACAGCCCUCCAGCCAGGGAGCCUGCCAUAGCCACUGGAUCCAGGGAAGAGGGUGAAUCUGUGUGGGCCACGCCUUCUGGGAAAAGCUGGUCGGUGAGUUUGGAUCGACUCCUUGCCUCAGUGGGGAACCAGCAGAGAUUGCAGGCCAUUUUAUCAUUAGUGGGGUCUAAAUCCCCCAUCCUCACGCUCAUUCAGGAAGCGAAGGCGCAAUCAGAGACUAAAGAAGAUAUCUGCUUCAUAGUCUUGAAUAAAAAAGAAGGCUCGGGUCUGGGAUUCAGUGUGGCAGGAGGGGCCGACGUGGAGCCAAAAUCAGUCAUGGUCCACAGGGUGUUUUCUCAGGGUGUGGCUUCUCAGGAAGGGACUGUGAGCCGAGGGGACUUCCUUCUCUCCGUCAAUGGCACCUCCUUAGCUGGCUUAGCCCACAGUGAGGUCACGAAGGUUCUGCACCAGGCAGAGCUGCACAAACACGCCCUCAUGAUUAUCAAGAAAGGGAAUGACCAGCCCGGGCCCUCCUUCAAGCAGGAGCCUCCCUCAGCCAAUGGGAAAGGCCCUUUCCCCAGAAGGACCUUGCCGCUGGAGCCUGGAGCUGGGAGAAACGGAGCUGCUCACGAUGCGCUGUGUGUUGAAGUGCUGAAAACCUCUGCUGGGCUGGGAUUGAGUCUGGAUGGAGGAAAAUCGUCUGUAUCCGGAGAUGGGCCACUGGUGAUUAAAAAGGUGUACAAAGGCGGUGCGGCCGAACGAGCUGGAACAAUAGAAGCGGGUGAUGAGAUCCUAGCCAUUAAUGGGAAGCCCUUGGUCGGACUGGUGCACUUCGAUGCCUGGAACAUCAUGAAGUCUGUUCCAGAAGGGCCCGUGCAGCUAGUGAUCAGAAAGCACAGGGAUUCGUGAAUUUUUCACAGGGAUCUCCUUCCCUAGAUUUACUUCUUUACCAGAACGACUUCUCUAAACGAUGGGUUCUUAAAUCAACAAACAGCUUAGACAGAUUCCAUGAUUGUACUUUUACAAUGAAGCCCAAACUCUGGAAACCACCUACCUGGACCGUCAGGGCUGGGAGGGCAUCAUUUCAUUCAGUGCCUCGGAUCAAGAGCGGACGUGCUCUUCAUCUGGAACACCUAGCUGCACCCUCACCUCCCUCCUGCCACCUCUCCCAGCAUCAGUCCUGGUGAGUAGGGACCAGAGGAUAACACAAAUGCCCCAGCGAAAAUGAUAUAUGUAUGUAGAUUUAUAUAAUUUUGUAAGUAAAUGACAGUGCUUUUAGGUACAUGCAGUGGAAGGCAGAGCUACGUAUGUUACCUUGAAAAGGAAAAUGAGACGUAAAGAAAAUGAAUUUAUGACCUAAUUGUUAGGCAGAGCUCAGGAAUCACCCAACAGUGAAAAAGAAAAAGUGCUAUUUUUUAAUGAACGUAAUGUAUGAUACGAACUAGGAAGUUCUGAUGGUUUUCUGUUUCAGAGUGUAAGUCAUAAGGCUGUUCCAGAGCGACAGUUCUGACGAGUUGCAAUAAGUCGCUGGGAGCUUCCCUUCCUGGGAGGAAGUUCUAGCCUGAAAGCACCUUGCAUCUAGUUUUCAAACUUGAGUACAUGGUCGAAUUCAAGGCUGAUCAACACAAAAGCAGGCAAAGUUGUCAGCGUGUUUCUGUUUCCACACACAUACAUGCACCACCACCACUACCACCACCACCACCACCACCACCACCACCACCACUACCACCGGAAAGGAAUUUGAGAGUUCAAUCCUUCGACUUGCAAACAUAGGCAUUCUGUGGUCCAGACUGAGGAGCCUCUGAGCAUCCUCCUCGGGGAAAUUUUCUUGUUAGCUUUUCUCCUUUCCCCUCCAGACCUAAAGAAGCUGGACUACAGUCCAGCUCUCUUCCCUGACAGAGAUCUGCGGUGGUUCAACUUCUUGCUAUUUUGGUUUUUCCUGUUUUGCAAACUCUUCCUCUUCUAAAACUAGGGUCCCACAGAUCAUUCUGACUCAAGCUGCUUGUAAAACUCCUCCGGCUUGGCUGCCGUGAACUUCUUCGAAGCCCUUCCUCCCCACAAGCUGGCUUUUCCUCCCUUUGCACUGACCAUCAUUUUCUUAAAUCCCAAAGCCUCGCCAGCUUCCUUUACCAAACAAGGAAAAUGGAAAAACAGGGUGAGUCAUUCUCAAGGAAAAGGACUGCACAGUGUUCACCACCCUCUCCUCAGGUGGUGCCACCCAGUGCUGGGUCCUGGGGUCUUGGGUGGAAACCUCGUUUUCAAACCACGCAUGCGCAAUGCUAUGGUUUCGCCGAUCUGGUUAACAGCUGGGUCUAGGGGAAAGACGGCUGAGGUGCUUGAGCUGCUGUUGCCUUCGUACAUCAUCAUCUGAGCCCGAUCCUGCUGGCCGCCUGCAGAGGACCCAAGAGAGGGCCCGUAGGCGGACGCUAUAUACCUGGCUCAUUUUCAACAGGUCUCACAGAGAAAACUACAGUCCAGGAGUUAGCUAGGAAAACUGGCUUAGCAUCUACUUUUCCUUACAGUUACAAGUAGGAUACUCUUAAGACGUCAGUGCAAGGUGCAUGCUAGGUUGUCGUUUAAGUCUCAAGGGUCAGUUUUCUGCUUUCUUACUUGAAUGAUAAUUUUAAGUCAGCACGGAAAACCAUUUUUUUCUUUCCUUUUUGUUUGCCUCUACUCCUUUACAGUCAUGCCUAUUAAGUCCUUUGUGAACAGACAGGACUUCCGGGAGCAAUGGCCUCUUUCCAAGUGUCCCCAGAGCUCCUAUCUGAAGAGUACACGGAGGACUUACUAUACCAUGUUAAGUCAUCAAGCAUUUGGCCUGGAUCUUUUCCAGGUCUCCCCAGCUAACUGGGAAUGUAAGGGAAGAAGCAAGAGCUAGCCCUGUCUCUGACCCUGAGAUAGAAAGCUAUUUAUUUGUGUUCAGUGUUCAAGGCAUGACUAGUAUUGCUGAUUAGUCUAAUAAAUCCCCACACUUCCUGCAGUGAACACUAAUGGUAUUGUUCUAACCCUUUUUCUUUCUUUGUAUGUGGUCAGUCAUUCACAGUAAGCUAUGAGGUAAAAUGUGUUAUACAAAUCGUAGUUGUAAGACAAUAUCGUGAAGGCUCACGUAGGCUGGGUUUCAUUCCCACCCUCCCACACAUAUCGCAUUACAUUGUAGGGUUGACUUUAAUUGGCACCACACUUGUACAUUAUACAUUAUUUAUGUAAGAUAAAAUGCCUUAUAUAUUAAAGAGUAAGUGCAAUAAAUAUGAAAUGGCCUGUACAUUUUAAAAAUGUUGCCAAGUUAUGUAAAUCCACCUCUCUGUAAACAAUUUUUUAAAUAAUUUUCAAAAAAUAAACACUGCUUACUACUUGG